AUGGCAUACGCCACACCCUCGGCCCGAUGGCGCGCAAUCGUCAACCGAGACGCUGCAGCUACAUGCUUCGUGUACGGUGUGCGCACCACAAAGAUAUACUGUCGUCCACGAUGUCCUGCCCGCCUGGCGCGCCGUGCGAAUGUCAUAUUCUACGACACUCCCGCCCAGGCAGAGAAGGCGGGUUAUCGACCCUGCAAGCGGUGCAAGCCUGAGGAUCUACGUGCGCCCACGGAUCCCCACGUCCGUCUGGCGCAGAAGGCAUGUGAGACGAUGACGCUGGCUGCCUUGGCAGGUGGGGAGAAACAACGGCCGACGCUGCAGGAUCUGGCUUCGGAGGCGGGUUUGACCCCGAGCCAUUUCCAUCGGGUGUUCAAGAAGGUCGUUGGAGUGACACCCGGAAAAUACGCAAGGGAUUUGCUGGAAGGGAAGACGUUCCAGAAGAAAUUGCCUGACGGGACCAUCAUCGGAUGGCCUCCGGUGGGGCCCAUCGGGACAACCACCUCAGCGCAGCUGCAGCCACAAACGCAGGCGCAAACACCACCGUCCAUCCCAGUCCCCACGACGGUACCAGCCGCCGUGCAGGGGAUAGGACUAGACCUGUCGAACCAAUCAACGGGCCAUGACCCAGGCGCCGUCGGAAUUGAUUGGAACGAGUUCGACCUCAUGUUGGCCGCGACGACGGGAGGCGCAAGGCCGCAGAUGGAUUACAUUGGCAACGGUGGGUUUUGCAUACCUGCAACAGAUCACCACCAUCUUGACCCUAGUACUGUGAUUGAUGGAUCCAUGUUCUCUGCAAACCCGCAGUCGGGCAGCCACCACCACCUUGGCUUUCCGGAGUAUGUCAACGAUACCGUUGACUUCUCGCUGGGCACGCCGCUGUUUGACUCUCCCGCCCUGACCACGCGGCCCACUUCAGUGCCUUCUUCGCAGCAGUCUCUAUCACCCACAGACUCGCCGCCUCUUUUCGACUCUUGUGACUCGCCGUUGCUAUUUGAGGAUGUUGAUUGGAUGGAUAAUCCUGGUUUACCCCUGACGUGGAAAGUUUAG